AAAGAAGGCUUUACGGCCUUCAGCGGCUUUAAAGAAGGUGAUAUUAUUGGUAAAGAGGAAGGCUUUCAGGGAAAGUAAAGUUAUUCCCAAAAAUCUUUCUCUCUGAAAUUAUUUAAUGUUUUACGUGAAAGAACAAGUAUCAACUCCAUCUAGUCAGUGUAUCACCUAUUCACUCAUAACCUUGUAGCUUUGAAUUUGUCAUAUACUGACUGACUAAAUGAAUAACCCGGGCAGUUUACUUGCAGGAAAAUCUUGAACUGACGCCUAUGUCUUCAGCACUCGUUUAAGCUGACAUAUUUUAUUGUCUAAGAAUAUUACGUGUGCUUUUGUCCUUGUUUGUUUUUCGGCGUUUGCAGUAAUGAAAAAAUCCAUCGAUAAAUGUUCCGACAAAACAGAUGAAACUUUUGCUUCAUCCAAAACGCUGCCUCUAAUUCAGUAAUUCGAGGAGGAAGUUUAAGCCAUAAAGUUGGCUUUAUCAGCGUCUUAAUUUGUUAACACUUAAUGCCCCCGCCAUGGUUGGUUAAAUUAAUGAAUUAGAUAGCGUCCCACUAUUAUCGAUGGCAAUUUUCCGUAUGGCACACCUGACACAUUGUGCAAAAUAUCAUCUACCUACACGCGUAAACAAUCAAUUUUUUUAACCUUAAAGUUUUUUUUUAUUAAAAAUUUGUUAUGAAAAAUCUGACCGAUUUCCGUAAAACAGUGGAAACCGGUGUGGAUCCGCGCCUGAAAAUUAGGCACAUUGCAGUUCACAUUUCAUUUACAUGUCAGAUCCUUCAUAAUAAGGUUCAAAAGAAACGAAAACCUGCUAGAUAUCAGCUGAGAUAUGAAGUAUAUACGUUCCUGUGUUAAAUUUGUCAAAGAAACAAUCCGACAUAAAAGUAAAGAACUAACUAGGGAUGGAUCACAUCAAAAUUUCGUUUUAAUAAUCCGAAAACAAAAGUCUUAUGCAACAACGGUAAAGACUUCCCGCUAUAAGUUCAAUAGCCUAUUCCUAGACAACGUACCUAUCAUAAGUUGCAUGAGUUAAGGAGGUUAGCCAUGUAAAUAUGUUUUCUGUAAAUACAUAUUAUGGUUUUGCAAUUAGGUGUAAGUGACAAAAAUGACAAUUUCAGACAUUUAAGGCAUCUCGCACUGCUAUUCUUUUGCUUGAUUAUAUCGUGUUCGUAUAAUGACUUCAUCUGACUCCCGCCAAGAAAAUUUUAGAUAUUCAAACGGCAGUCGGAAGUAGACUUGAUAAAUUUUCUGAAGUUGGAUCGAAGUGGAUGGAACUGCCUUGAGAAUUACCUUCCGCAUAAACAUGGAAAAAAGCUCUCUUCUAAGAAUUUCUACCAAAAAAAACCGGAGUUUUCAGACAAACUCAACUACUGCCCUGUAGCCAAGUAUUUUGCAGAUUAGUGCACGAUAUUCAAUGAAAAAUAUAUAAAUGUAAACACAGAAUAAAUAUGAUUUUUGUGGUAGCAUACCAACUGGCUCUUCUUCUACCACAUUCUGCGAGGAACUGGAACAUUCUCGUGGUAAGGAAGACAACCAACAACAAACUCAGGCCAUGUUGGGAUGCAUAGGCAAAGAAAAUGAGAAAGAGGAGAGGAAAAAAAAAACAAAAACUAAAAUACACAUUUUACUAUCGUUUGUAUUAUAAAUUUUUCUCAAUAAUCCAUCCAGCUGAUGAAUGGCUUAUUUUACUCUAGUUACCAGAUGGUGUGUCUCUUCCUUUUGAAUGUUUUAGAAAACAAUUUAGAGAAGACAAGGCAAGUGAAGAUAAUAUUUGGUGUUUUAUAGUGAUAACAAGUACAUGAACGGUUCUUCCAAGCAAACCUCUAAAAGAACCUACUUGUCAUUUUUCCUGUUUCAUAAUCAUGCACGGCUCAACCAAUGAAUCGAGUUUUUAUCUCCUCAAUCUCCUUCUGAGUUCACAAAUUUAAGACCGCUUUAAAAGAAAAUAACCUUUUAUUUACACGCAUUUCCCAAACAAGAAAAUAAUAGAACUGUAGUUUAUAGAAAUGGCUGUUUUACGAACUCUUCACAUUUGGGCAAUCAGAAACACAAAAAAAUAUUGCGCAAACACAUGUAUAUACCCCAUGAUAUGUUUCCACACUCUUCCUCUUCUUUGAAUUUUUAUUCUUCUCAUUAUCAUUUCAUUUUAUUUAUUUUGUUUAAUUUUAAAGACGGCGAUAACAGUAAAAUACCUUUUUUUGCACGGCAGGCAACCGAAAAGUGUACUGAAAUGGAAAAGAGUUUAUUAUUAUUGGAAGGUUACAACUUUCAAAGAAAUCUUUCCACGAGAGUAAAAAAUUCCCUGCCUUAAUUGAGGCUGAAUCACACUGACAAAACCUAAUAAUCCCAUAAACGAUUGCGCGCCUUUCUGGUUCCCAGGUCAUCUCUGUGUUAUAAAAAAGAAGAAAAGAAAAAGAAAAAAAGAAUGAGAAAAAGAGAGAAAAAAAGAAGAACAAGAUGUGGCCCAUUCAGCCUUGGCCUAAGAACUGGCAGUGUCGUAUUAAAAUAAAAGGUGGGAUCAAUUAAAAGGAAAAUAGAGACCCAUUCAAAGUAUACUAGACUUAAAAAACUCAAUUUCUAAUAAGUUUGCUCCUACAUGGAACUAUUUCAAAGGAAAUUGGAUAUAAAAACAUAUCUGAGCCGUACGUACCCAGUCGUUAUUACGUGUUUUGGGGGUGAGAGAAGAUUGGAGGUUAAAGUUGAGGCGUUUCGGCUUUCGUAUUCGGUUUCAGCGUGAAGUUUGGGCCAACAUGUUUGCCGCGGAAGUUUCUCCAGCCAUCACUCACUUGUCGAGCUUCUGAGGCUUCGGCAACCUACAAAAUCAUCCUGUUUCCUUGAAGAUAUACGCGUCCCUUUUGAUUGCAAACAGCAAAUCAAUACUAAACAUUAAAAGCAGAAGACGUCCCACGUCAUUGUAUUUAAAAAGACGUCCAUACAAAGUUAUUUUACGUGGAAUCCGUGCUAAACACUCUGCAAGUUCACUGAAAGUCUUCAUUUGCAAUUUUUGUUUACCCUCCAACGCCUCGCUUUCAUGACUAGGCACCAGUUUUUUCCCGCGUGUCCGCCAUUUGUGAAUACGGUGUAUUUUUUUUGUUUUUUAGUGCCAUAUCAGGUCUUAAAUUAAAUAAGAAAAAAACGAAAGCAAUGUAGAUUAGUUCAGCCAAAAAAAAAUGAAACUAAACCUCCUGGUUUUAAACCUUUAGGAAUAAAUCUAUCAUACAGACAUGAAAAGAACGAUAACUUAAAUCUCUUUAUACAUAACAUAGUUAGAAAAUUCCCCUAAUCAAAUUCAAUAGCGCGAGUGCGCUUCAUAUUCCUAUUGAGCACGCUGAUGACAUCAAUAACUUAGCAAUCCUGAGUCUCCUGAGUGCACACAUAACUCGGCAGUACACGAUAAAGCGUUUACCAUGUGUUUUAUAAGGAAAUUUAAGAGGAAACGUUUGAAUUUGUUAACCGAUAGUAAGGAAAAGAGGUGAGUGUUGUUGUUGUUGUUGUUGUUGUCAUCUCCGCGAGCUGUGCGGGCUAUGGCGUGAGCCUGAUCAUUCUUUGCAAAGUUGUUUUCUCUCAAUAACAAUUUUUCGGUGAAUUAAUAGUUUUCCGGCACCUAAAUAUGGAUUUUACAAUCAUUUUAGAGUACACUUUCUCUCAGUUUCAGGAUAAAAACAUAAGCUUAACUGUGAGGAAAAAAAUAUACUCAUGUAAACAUUGACGCGUACUGCUUUGAGCGCGCCCUACAAUAAUAAAAUUUUAAGUUAACUGAUGCAUUGGUCGCUUUGAUAAUGUUAUAAAGCAAUUAGUUCAUGCUGCAGCUGUGCGUAUGUCGAGAUAUUGAGCACUUGAGAAGUUUGGAGAGCACUCAAGAGGCUAGAGUUGCACUCGGCUGCGCCUCGUGCAACUCUUACGCCUCUUCUUUCGUGCUCUCCAAACUUCCCACGUGCUCAAUAUCUCGACAUACGCACGCUGACGCAUGAACUAAUUGUUAAUUAUCAAAAUUAACAAAAUGGACAUAAAGCUGAAUAUAUGGCAAACAAGAGACCUAACUUUAUUUGGACGCACAAUGUUGGUUAAGACCCUGGGCUUAUCCAAAUUAGUUUAUGCAGCCUCUAUGCUGCUUGUUCCUAAAAUGGUUAUCAAACUGGGGUACAAAAAAAAAUAACAAAAUUUUUGCGGAAAAACAAAAAUGAUAAAAUAAAAAGAUCUGUUGUAUAUAAAUCUCUGUCAAACGGUGGACUUAACUUUCCUAACUUUCGCACGCUUGAGCUGGCUCGGCAGGUUUUUAAAUCGUACAAAUGAAUCAUGGCAAGCAAUCCCAAAUGACUCCUUCACAGAUAUGGAGGGUUACUUCUUUUACUGAAGUGUAAUUAUCAUUCUAAACUGUUAGACAAACAACCUCCUCAGUCUUUUGUAGUGAAAUGUUGGAUUAUUUUAAGGAACUGCGUACAGGUCACCCUGAUGUCUAUAGAAGUAAAUUCAUUCUUUGGAAUGACAAAGAAAUCACGAUAUAGAGAAUAAAUCUAUAUUUUGGUCACAUCUUUUUUAAAAGGAAUCUGUUUUGUUCAAGACUUAUUAGACGAAAACGGAGGGGGUAAAAAUAUUAAGACACAGGACUGGCCUUUUAUGAAAAAGUUGUCAAACCAUAUUACGAUUGAAGCAAAUCCACGUUUCCUGGAAAAGUAGAAAAAAAAUUGCUUCGGCGGUUCUUUGUCAGCAACAAAAUGUUACCCGUAUAACGCUCGGCUUAGGAACCUAUCAACUAUUUCUACUAGCAUAAUGUAGGGUGCCUAUACGCACAUACACCUAUACAUACAGCUGAAAUCUGGAAAAAAAAUGUAUAGAACUUUUGCUUAUUUCCUGAAAGCAUUUUUAUCAUUAAUUCGGGAUAAAUAUUUGGCAUUAUAUUGGCGUUUUUUUGUUAGGAUUUCCUUUAUCCUUUUACUGAUUGAGUGGAGUGAACUGGAUCCGAAUGUGAAGUCACAGACCUUGGUUGAAACUUUUGACCGAUCGAACCACAAUUCUAUCCUGGAGUACAAUGUAGCUCUCAUAACUUUGUUGGCUUAUCCUGUGUCAGCAUGCACAGCUGAGCGUAGCUUCAGCGGUAUAAAGAGACUGCAAACUCCUUUACAAAGGACCAUGACAGACGAGAGAUUGAACUCUCUUGCAAUUCUGCACAUACACAAGCAC